ACAUUCAUUUGUUCGCAUUCAUUUGCUUCUAACUCUUAUUCGUUAAAACUUUGAGUGAUAAUCUGUUACACAAAAUUUGUUUAGCUUCUACAAUGAUUCGUAUACACGGCAAAAUUGUAAAAACUCCAUAUUUCUUAUCCAACAGGUGAUGAUAAUGACGAUAAUGAUUUUGCUAUGAAUAAUCAAAAACAAAAAGUGGUUAUUACUAAAUCUAGUGAUUUUCAAUUAUCGAUGAAGAAAACGAGAGGUCAUAAAUCAUCGUACGUGUUAACAUUUUUAUUCGUAAUAGCAAUACUGAAAGGAACUGCUUUUGGAUUUACAUUUGCUUAUCAAACAAAGGAAAAUUCAAAUAUAUGUGAGACAGAAGACUGUAUAAAAACGGCUAAGUUGAUAGUUGAGUCAAUGAACAAAUCUGCAGAUCCAUGUGAAGACUUUUAUAAUUUCGCUUGUGGAAAUUAUAAAAACGUCAAUAAAAUCAAUAAAAAAACACAUACAACAAGUAUUUUCACGAUGGUAGAUGAAGCUAUACAUAUGCAUAUCGUAGAUAUAUUGGAAAAAGAUGGUAGUGACGAUGAACCUGAUUCCAUAAAAAAAUUAAGAAAUUUGUAUCAGUCUUGUACAGCAACUGACCAAAUGGAUGCUCUGGGGUUGGAACCGUUGAAUUCACUUUUGUCUACAAUGUAUUUACCGCUUAUUAAAGAUUCAGAAAUCUGGUCAGCUAUAACUAAUAUCAAUAAGUAUACUAACUUGAAUUAUUUAUUUUCAAUAAAAAUCAUGCCGGAUAAAAAUACAAUCGCUCGAAUUGCUUUAGAUACGCCAUCAAAUGACUAUAUCUAUCUUACAGCAAAUAAACCAAAAAAAGAACUCGAAGAAGAAGACUACUUUGAAGAUGAAUCCUUACGUAUAAAAGAACGUUUGUUCAUGGCUAUUUGGAAUGAAAUUUAUGGUUUUGAACCAAGUUAUAUGAAUCGUAAUUAUUUAGAAAGGCUAAAAAUAAAAUUGAUGAAUGUAAAAUCAAUGGAAAGUGAACUUCAAAAAAUAUAUGAAAUGGACACAACACAACAAGAACGAUUAUAUACUGUAUACGAAUUACAAUCCAUAACAGAUAAUAUUACAAGUGGUUCGUUAUAUAAAAGAACUUUCGACUGGAGUGAAUAUAUUUUGACUCAGUUUUUGGGAGUAAAAAAUGUUCAACCUCUCAAUUUUGAUAAUGAUUUAAUCCUAAUAAAUAACAUUGACUAUUUUAAAAAUAUAAUGGGAUUUCUUGCAAGCGUUCCACUAAAUAUAAUUGGAGAACAUGCUAUGUGGCACAUAAUAUCAAAUUUUGCAACGUUUACAACAAAUUCUAUGCGGAGUAUUAUAGAGUCAUUCAUCCCCAAUUGGCAGCCAUUUAAUACAAGAUCACUAUAUUGUGCAGACAAAGUAAACACGAUGAUGCCAAUGGCUGUUGCCCAUGUGUUAAAUAAAAAAGAUUGUAUUAAGCAAAAAAAAAAAAUGUUGGCUGAAAUGACGGAAAACAUAGGUGAUGCAUUUAGAAAAAUAAUCAAAGAAACAGAAUGGAUGGAUGAAAUAUCUAAAAUCAAAGCACUGUACAAAUUAAGGAGAGCGAAAGAAUUCUUAAGUACUCCAGAUUUUAUAAUGAACCCCGAUGAUCUCGAUGACUACUACUCUGAUCUUCAUAUGAAAGAUGACGAAUUCCUUGGCAAUAUAUUACGUUUUAAUCAACAACAAUUAAUACACGAUUUGUCAGUAUAUGGAGUAACUGAUAGCAAAGAAAAUGAAAUAUUGACUUUUACACCUUACGAAGUAAAUGCAUUUAAUACAUUAUCAUGCAAUAGAAUAGUCAUUCCCAUGGGAAUAUUACAAUACCCUUUCUUUGGCCAUAAUUUACAGGUGCUCAACUACGGUUAUCUUGGAUUUGUAUUGGGACACGAAAUAACCCAUGGUUUUGACAAUAAAGGCCGACAGUUUGAUGCAGAUGGACACCUCAAUGAUUGGUUGACAAAAAAAUCCUCAGAUAAUUUUAUUUCACGUACCCAUUGUUUUAUUGCACACUAUGGCUCGUAUUUAAUGCCCGGAACUGAUGAUAUGAUUAAUGGUACAUUAACAUUAAAUGAAAAUAUCGCUGAUAACGGAGGAAUAAGAGAAGCAUUCUGGGGUUAUAGGAAUUUUGUGGCUAAACACGGCGAAGAAGAUAAACUACCAGGAUUAGAACAUUUAAGCCAUGAACAAAUCUAUUUUUUGGCAUUUUCAAAUCUUUGGUGCGAAGCAGCAACAGAUGAUUCAUUUUUAAAUUGCUAUAUGGACGAACAUUGUCCAAACAAAGUGAGAGUGACUGGAACUCUAAUGAACUCUGAAGAAUUUAGUCAAGUAUGGCAGUGUAAAAAGGGUACUAGAAUGAAUCCUGACCGAGAAAAAUGUAGAUUAUGGUAAUUUUAAUUUUUUAAAUUAUUUUUAUAUAUUGUAAAUGAAAAGCGCUUUAAACAAUAAUCAAUUAAAUA